AUGGCUUUAGGAUGUUCAAUUAGGGCAUUUCGUGAUUUUUGUCGUCCGGUCAUCUGUAUUGAUGGAGCAUUCUUGAAAGGUCGAUAUUGGGGUACACUUUUUAUUGCAGUGGGUAAGGAUGGAAAUAAUCAAAUUUUUCCAUUAGUGUUUGGCAUAGGAGGAAAAGAGGAAACAAUAACUUGGAGCCCGUUCCUUCGAGCUUUAUAUCGGUGUAUUGGAGAUAUCCCUAAUUUAGCAAUUAUUUCAGAUAGACACAAUGCUAUAAUUCGUUGUGUGAGGGAAGUAUUUCCGAAUGCACAUCAUGGGUGGUGCAACCAUCAUAUCAAAGGAAAUAUGCGAAGUCGGUAUAAACAAACAAAACAUAUUGAAGGAUUAUUUUGGCGAGUUGUGAAAGCAUAUCGAAUAGAAGAUUUUCAGGAGGCUUUGCGGAUGAUCAAAGCUGAAAAUCCAACCGCAGCAGCUUAUCUGGAAGGUGCUUGUACUCAUUCUCUAACUCCAUGGGCUGAAGAGAAGAUAGUCAGUCAUAUCCAAAAGUCAGCUAAUAUGAUUGUCAAGCCGAUAACAAUUGACCGAUAUGAAGUACAUGCUCCGAGUAAACCUGUUGCUAUAGUUGAUCUUGCUAAAAAAGAGUGUACAUGCAGAAAAUUUCAACUAUCACAAAUAGCAUGUACACAUGUUGCAGCAAUCGUCAGAUUUCAAAAACUUUCGCACUGUUAUCCAUGGGUGAAUAAGUAUUACUCAGCUGAAUAUUGGCAAGCAGUAUAUAGAGAAAGUGUUGAACCAUUGGGUGAUCCAUCAGAAUCGGUGCAAUCAGAAGAAAUACGUAUAGUCCACCCACCUCAGAUGGGACAUCGAUGUUCUGGUCGACCUUCGGAACACAAUAGAAGGCCAUCGCAAGGGGAGGAAACCCGUCAAGUUGAAUGUAGUCGGUGUCAUGAAAAAUGA